AUGGCUCUCAGAAAACUACCAGAAUAUUUGAAAAUUGGUGUCGCAACUGCGGCGUACCAAAUAGAAGGUGCAUGGAAUGUCGCAGAUAAAUCUAAAAGUAUUUGGGAUGUUACCAGUCACCAGCCCGGUGCCAUAGAAGAUGGUACCACUGGCGAUGACGCCUGCAAAUCAUAUUACUUCUACAAACGAGAUAUUCAAAUGUUGAAAUUCCUUGGAGUGGAUUUCUACAGAUUUUCCGUCAGUUGGCCGCGACUAUUUCCAAAUGGCUUUGUCAAUACCUUAAGCCAGGUUGGUCUCGAAUACUAUAAUAAUCUUAUAAAUGAACUUAUAGAGAACAAAAUUGAACCUGUUGUAACACUUUACCACUGGGAUUUGCCGCAAAGCCUCCAAGAUUUGGGAGGCUGGGCAAAUCCAUUAAUUGUCGAAUGGUUUGAGGACUAUUCCAGAGCUGUUUAUAAACUUUUUGGGGAUAGAGUGAAGUUAUGGAUAACGAUAAAUGAACCGAGGCAAAUCGGACUGUCCGGUUAUGGUGAUAAUAGGUUUGCACCAAGGAUCAAUGCUCAUGGGAUCGGUGAAUAUAUAGUUGCGAAGAACAUUGUUCUAGCCCACGCAAGAGCUUGGCAUGUGUAUGAUGAGGAGUUUCGAAAAAAUCAACGGGGUAUAUGCGGUAUAACGAUCGCAACGGAAUACUGCCAAGGAGCUACUGAUUCCCCCCAAGACAUAGAAACAAGUCUUGAUUGUUUGGAAUUCGAGGUCGGGUUGUACGCUCAUCCAAUAUUCUCCAAAGAUGGUGGAUUUCCCGAAGUGGUAAAACGAAGAGUCGCACUCAAAAGCACAGAGCAGGGUUAUCCAAGAAGCAGACUGCCAGAAUUUACGCAAGAAGAGAUACAAUACGUUCGAGGAACCAGUGACUUUUAUGGUUUCAAUCAUUAUUCAACAUACUUUUUAACCAGAAAAUGGUAUACUCCUGAAGUUGUGCCAUCUCAAGCUGAUGAUAUUGGUGCUAGACAGGUAGAUUUGGAAUAUGAAAUGGGAGCUACAACUCAGAGCAAGAUUAUACCUGAAGGAAUCAGAAAAGCAUUAAAUUGGGUAAAAAAUAAAUACGAUAACCCCGAAGUAAUGAUAUUUGAAAAUGGUUUCAACACGUACGGGGGUCUUAUGGAUUUAAACAGAAUUACAUAUUACCGGAAAUAUUUAAAUGCCAUAUUAGAUGCAAUUGAUAUUGAUGGGUGUAAUAUAACUAGAUACACAGCUUGGAGUUUAAUGGACAAUUUUGAAUGGAAUUGCGGACUCCAACUUAAAUUUGGAUUGUUUGAAGUUGAUUAUGAAGACGAAAAUAAACAAAGAAUAGCAAAAUUGUCGGCUUUAUGGUUCAAGCACUUGAUUACAACGAGAUCGCUUCAUUAUGAUCAUAUUCCAGAAUACAAAGAAAUCAUAUUUUAG